AUGGAUUAUCUCCGCUCCAACCAGUACUGCAUCUUCUACAACCACGAAGGAGGCGACCAGAACGCGAUUUUCGUCGAAAGCGUUUUGAGAUAUGGUCUGCCUGUGAAUUUCCGAGCCGCUGUACUUAUCCCUGCCAAGCCCAGAAAGCUCCGUGAGCGAUUAAAUAAGAUUUACUCGGAGCUGGAUUCCGCCAAUUUCAGCAACACGGCAAACGGGAGAUCCUGCCUUGAGAGCUGGACUUAUCUUCUUGCUGCUUCUACACAUGAUGGAGGCAUUGGAGGCUGUCGUCAACUCAUCGAAAAAGAAGUCAACGAGCUUUCCCAAGAGCCUCCUGGAAUUUUCCGCUCAGCGUCUGUGGAGGUCUGUUGGCAGCUAGUGAACCUGUACCGGAUAUUUCCCUUUUUUCUUCAUUUUUUUUAUCUUCCUUUUGCUUGCACAGUUCAAGUGCCAAUCCAAGAACUUCCCGUGCGCGAUACCUACUGUGGCAUUACUUGUUAUCAGGGAAUUCGCUGGUGCUUGGAAGGCGGAAUCAAAAUGCACUUGACUUACAACUAG